AACUUUUUGUAUCGUAGGAAUCAACAGCCGCCAUCUUGACGCGGCUCGGAAUCGGGAUUUCUGGGGUAGCAUUAAUUGUAAAAAAAAGCCGACUGGAGCCACCCAAAGCGGACCCCAACGGCAUUUUAUCGGCCCGAAUCGAAGCCCGAGCUCUCCCGGCGAGGAUUAAUACAAACAUGUGAGGGCUACUCGGGAUUUUAUCGUGCCGAAAGCCCACCGUAUAUUUGAUUUCCCUUUUAGCGAGCGCCGCUUCUCGCCGUCAGUCCGUCCCGAAGCCGAGGACUGUUCGGCGCGACAGUCACCGGAAAAAUAAUCCGCCUCAAAGAAAAUAUUUUUGGAUUUUUGCUCUUUUUAUCUGAGCCAGAGGUGGAUUUUUUCGGAGGCUGGUUUCGACGGCGAAAAAAAAUGACUCCGCGCGGACGAGUCGCCGGCGAAUUGCCCCGAAAUGGCUCCGCGAUCGCUUCGUAUAAUAUUUCCUGAUCGAUUAUCGAAUUUCUCUUGACGCCAGAUCGUUUCGGAUGCAGUUAUUGGGGAUAAUUAUGUGGGUGUUGGAUGUUGGAUUAUCAUGGGGUGAUCUCCGGCGGCGAAGCGUGGCGCUGUUGCCUUUCUUUUGAAACCUGCUCUCCCCGGGCAGCAUUUCGCCACUCGAGGAAAAAUAGAUCCCAACGCAAUUGAUCCAUUUUUUUUGACGCGCUGCCAUAAGUAAGUUAAUAAUUGGAUUUAAAAGAAGAAGAAGCCUGGGAUCAACCCAGGCGGAACACCCACAAUGGCUGACAACCUGCUGGAUGUUGGACCCCCGACAAAGCGACCCAAACUUAAUUCACCACUGUCGGUGUCGGACGGCCCAGAUCUCGUGUCCCUAUUUGACCUGGAAAAUGAUCUUCCGGAUGAGCUCAUCCCCAACGGAGAUCUGUCACAGAUGGGAAUGUCCUCCAACGGCGGCGCAGGAGGAGGUCCCGGUCUCAACUCCAUCGUCGCGGACGCCGCCGCCAAACACAAGCAGCUGUCGGAGCUUCUGCGGCCGGGUAGCUCCUCCAUCUUGGGAAGUUCUCUCAAUUCUGCCAGUCCCCAACAGGGAGGCAUGGUGGGAGGCCAACUCGGAGCAGUGCUGAGUAAAAAUCCACUCGGCCAGGGCUCUCCCAACCAUCAGUCUCCCCAGAACCAAAAAAUGGGCAUCGGUACGGGACAAGGAAACGGAGGCAUGAGCUUCAAUCAGGCCUUGUUGAACAGUGGUCAGGGUCACGGGGUCUUGGGCCCGACCGGACAGGUGAUGAAUGGAGCUCUGGGAUCAGUGGGCCGAGGUAGACCUGGCAUGCAGUACCAGAGCCAGGGUAUGCCGGGAGCGGGCGUUGGAGGAAGCGUGCUGGCGGAGACGCUGACCCAAGGAGGACCGCAAUUGGGUGGACAUAACUCGUUGACUCCUCAGCAAGCUGGACAUGUCAAUAAGAUGGGAAUGUCAGGAGCACCAUUUGGCCAGCAGUACAGUCAAGCUGGCGUCCAGCAAAUGGGCCCGACGGGUGUCAAUUCCCAACAACUCCAGAACAAGACAGGCCUUCCUAACAAUCUGCCUCAGUUCCCCACAGAGCUAAAGGGAGCCGGGACUCUGCCAAACAUUUCCCAGAUGCAGCAACAGGUAGCGUCAGCGGGGAUGGUACCCGGUGCCUUGUCAGCCGGCCCGACGGCCGAUCCAGAGAAGCGCAAACUCAUUCAGCAGCAGCUGGUCCUGCUACUUCACGCGCACAAGUGCCAGCGGCGAGAGCAGGCCAACGGGGAAGUGAGGGCCUGCGCUCUGCCCCACUGUCGCACUAUGAAGAACGUCCUCAACCACAUGACCCACUGCCAGGCGGGCAAAUCUUGCCAGGUGGCCCACUGUGCAUCGUCCAGGCAGAUCAUCUCACAUUGGAAGAACUGCACGCGGCACGACUGCCCUGUUUGCCUGCCUCUGAAGAACGCCAGUGACAAGAGAAACCAGCAGCCCAUGCUGGGUUCCCCCGGGGCAAGCCUGCAGAAUGCAAUCAGCGCAGUGGGGGCCGGCCAGCCCAGUGCCCCGACCAUCAACAACGCAGCCACGCACAUAGACCCCAGCUCCAUGCAGAGGGCCUAUGCCGCUCUGGGUCUCCCCUACGGCAACCAGUCCCCGGCUCAGAACCAGGGUCAGGGUCCUGCUCAACAGAACCCCCAGGGGCACCAACAACUACGUAAUAUAAAUGCAAUAGGCACUAAUCAGAUCAACCAGAUGGCAGCAGGCAUGGGGGUCCCCUCUUCGGACCAGACUGGCUUGCACAGCGAUUCAUUGCCCUCCACGCUCAACAAUCAGUUGUUGCCAGAUGGCUCUGUGGCAGGGGGCAUGGGAAACCUGCCUGCUGCCACCCCUCUCUCCACUUCGGGGGUCAGGAAGGCCUGGCAUGAACAUGUCACUCAGGAUCUACGCACCCACCUGGUGCACAAACUAGUACAAGCCAUAUUCCCAACCCCUGACCCAGCAGCACUGAAGGACCGCAGAAUGGACAACCUGGUGGCGUACGCGCGCAAGGUUGAGGGUGACAUGUACGAGUCGGCAAACAGUAGGGAUGAGUAUUACCACUUCCUGGCAGAGAAGAUCUACAAAAUCCAGAAGGAGCUGGAGGAGAAGCGACGCUCGCGGAUCCCGAGGCAGCCUGGCAUGGUGGGCAGCGCUGGCCCCCAGCAGGCAGCCAUGACUCAGCCCAACACAAUGGGGCAGCCUGUCAGACCUCCCAAUGGACCUGUGCCUUUGCCAAAUCAGCUGAUGAACCGCAUGCAGGUGGCCCAAGGAAUCAAUCAGUACAACCCAAUGGCAAUGCAAAAUGCGCAGAUGUCACAGUCACCCUUGGGGCCACGGGCUCCUUCGCCCAUGAACCACCCCCAGCAGCUCAACAUCAACUCCAUCCCAGCAAUGGGCAUGUCCCCUUCAAGACUACCGCAGAAUCAAGGAAUGAUGGGUAAUCAUGUGGGUAACAUGGUCCCUCAGCCGACCAGCCAGGGGCAGUAUUUGCCACAGGGGCAGUUCCCUGCAGCUGCCGGAGGAGCAAUGAAUGUGGCCGUGGGCAUGGGUCAGCCAGUAACGCAAGCUGGCGCACAGUCGCAGAAUUCCAACCUGGCUCUCAAUGCGCUGGGUACCCUGGGCCCCCAAAUGCCCUGUGGUCCUGCAGCCCAGCCAGGCAUGGGCACCACCCCUCCGCCCAACCCUUCUGCCAGCCUUCAAAUGCAACCGCACCAUCCGCCCGCGUCAACACCGCUGCUGCAACAACCCUCCACUCCCGCCUCGACGGGCGGGCCGGGCUCCAACCAAGCCCAUGUACCCGGCAGUCACCCCGGUCCUCCUUCCGUUGUUAGCACGCCGCCUGAUCCCACCCAGCCGCUCACACCCUUGCAGCCCCAGCCCGAGCCUUCCGGCAUGUCGCAGCAGCCCAACUCUGUGCAGGCGCAGCAUCCCAGCACACCACUGUCACAGGCUGCUGCCAGCGUCGACAACAGAGUGCCCACCCCUGCCUCUGUGGCCGAGGUCAACUCUCAACAGAAACUCCCCAGCAUGAGCGCCACAGACGUCAAGGCGGAAAUAAAAGAUGAAGAUGAUGAUGGCGAUUCCGGGAACAAGCAAAUAAAAACAGAGCAGGAUGACGAAUCCAAACCCCCUAUGGUGAAGCAGGAAGAACCAGAUGCAGCGGAGCCAAAGCAGGAACCGAUGGACACUGAAGAAAAGAAGCCAACGGUUAAGACAGAACCCAAAGACGAGGCGGAGAGCGGCGGCAAUGCGGCCGCUACUCAGAGCCGCAAAAAAAUUUUUAGACCCGAGGAGCUCCGGCAAGCUCUAAUGCCUACGCUUGAGGCCCUCUACAGGCAAGACCCUGAGUCCCUUCCCUUCCGCCAGCCCGUGGACCCCCUACUGCUCGACAUCCCAGACUACUUCGACAUCGUAAAGAAUCCCAUCGACCUGUCAACUAUUAAACGCAAACUGGACACGGGGCAGUAUCAGGAGCCGUGGCAGUACGUCGAUGACGUCUGGCUCAUGUUCAACAACGCGUGGCUGUACAACCGCAAGACUUCUCGUGUUUAUAAAAAUUGCACCAAGCUGGCCGAGGUGUUUGAAACGGAGAUCGAGCCCGUCAUGAAGUCGCUGGGAUACUGCUGCAGCCGAAAGUACGAGUUCUCCCCGCAAACGCUGUGCUGCUACGGCAAACAACUGUGCACUAUCUCAAGGGACGGCAUCUAUUACAGCUAUCAGAACAGGUAUCACUUCUGUGAGAAGUGCUUCAACGAAAUCCAGGGCAACAGUGUGACACUGGGGGACGACCCGGCACAGUCACAGACCAUGAUAUCCAAAGAACAGUUUGAGAAGAAGAAAAAUGACAUGUUGGACGCUGAACCGUUUGUUGAAUGUAAGGAUUGCGGACGCAAGAUGCAUCAGAUCUGCGUUUUGCACUAUGAUGUCAUUUGGCCGUCAGGCUUUAUCUGUGACAACUGUAUGAAGAGGUCUGGGAAAACAAAAAAGGAGAACAAGUUUUCAGCCAAAAGGUUGCAGUCAACAAAGUUGGGGUCAUACAUUGAGGACAGAGUAAAUAAGUACUUGAAAAGACAGAACCACCCAGAAGCUGGCGAGGUGUUUGUCCGAGUCGUGGCCAGCUCUGACAAAACGGUGGAGGUCAAGCCUGGAAUGAAGUCUAGGUUUGUGGACUCGGGCGAUAUGGUGGAGAGCUUCCCGUACAGAACUAAAGCACUUUUCGCAUUUGAAGAAAUUGACGGCGUGGACGUUUGUUUCUUCGGCAUGCACGUCCAGGAGUAUGGCUCAGAAUGUUCUUUUCCAAAUACAAGGCGAGUUUAUAUAUCAUACCUCGACAGUAUUCACUUCUUCAAACCACGUAUGCUCAGGACUGCAGUUUACCAUGAGAUCUUGAUCGGAUACUUGGAGUAUGUCAAGAAACUGGGGUACGUGAUGGGUCACAUCUGGGCCUGUCCACCCAGUGAAGGAGAUGACUACAUAUUCCACUGCCAUCCUCCCGACCAAAAGAUCCCCAAACCCAAGCGGCUCCAAGAGUGGUACAAGAAGAUGCUGGAAAAAGCUUUCGCUGAGAGAAUCAUACACGAUUUCAAGGACAUUUUCAAGCAAGCGACAGAAGACAGGCUCACGAGCGCCAACGAGCUGCCAUACUUCGAAGGCGACUUUUGGCCCAACGUGCUGGAGGAGAGCAUCAAAGAACUGGAGCAGGAAGAAGAGGAGAGGAAGAAGGAGGAGAACACAGCCUCCUGUGAUACUCCAGAGGGAGCCCACGCUGACAGCAAGAAUGCCAAAAAGAAGAACAACAAGAAGACCAACAAGAAUAAAAGCAGCAUCAGCCGCGCUAACAAGAAAAAGCCAGGGAUGCCAAAUGUAGCUAAUGACCUGUCCCAGAAGCUCUACGCCACCAUGGAGAAGCAUAAGGAGGUGUUUUUUGUCAUCCACCUUCAUUCUGGGCCGGUCAUCAACACCUUGCCUCCCAUCAUGGACCCCGACCCGCUGUUGGCUUGCGACCUGAUGGACGGCCGCGAUUCCUUCCUGACGCUAGCCCGGGACAAGCACUGGGAGUUCAGCUCGUUGCGGCGGUGCAAGUGGAGCACCAUGUGCAUGCUGGUGGAGCUGCACAACCAGGGUCAGGACCGAUUUGUCUACACGUGCAACGAGUGCAAGCACCACGUGGAGACUCGCUGGCACUGCACUGUCUGUGAGGACUACGACCUAUGCAUCAACUGCUACAACGUAAAGGGCCACGAGCACCAGAUGCUGAAGUGGGGCUUGGACUUGGACGAUGACGGCAACAACCAGAGCGGCGAGUCCUCCAAGAGUCCCCAGGAGAGCCGACGUCUCAGCAUCCAGCGCUGCAUUCAGUCCCUGGUCCACGCCUGCCAGUGCCGCAACGCCAACUGCUCCCUGCCGUCGUGUCAGAAGAUGAAGCGUGUGGUUCAGCACACCAAAAGCUGCAAGCGCAAGACCAACGGCGGCUGCCCCGUGUGCAAGCAGCUCAUCGCGCUAUGCUGCUACCACGCCAAACACUGUCAGGAGAACAAAUGUCCCGUGCCCUUCUGCCUCAACAUCAAGCACAAGCUCCGUCAGCAGCAGAUCCAGCACCGCCAUCAGCAGGCCCAGCUGAUGCGCCGCCGGAUGGCCACCAUGGCCGUCCGGGGCGCGCCCAUGCCGUCCCCGCCUACCUCGUCCGCUCCCGACACUCCCAACUCGGUGCAGCAACCUCACACGCCGCAGACCCCGCAGCCCAGUCAGCCCCAACAGCAGCAACAACCGCCGCCCUCCAACCCCGCCAACGCGCUUCAAGGCUUUCCGAGUAACGGCCGCGGCAGCAGCCAGCCUCCGACGCCCGUCCCGCAGGGUAAACCGGGGUCGUCUCCUCUGCACCAGCAGCAGUCUCCUCUCCCCGGCUUGCAGCACCAACCAUCCCCACAGAUGCCGACGCAGCUGCAGCAGCAACAGCAAAUGACGGCCUUGAAGGUGGCCAAACAGAUCGAGAUGGCCGAGAUGGCCGCCAAGGUAAAGCAACAGCAACAGCAGCAAAGUUACGCAAUGAACGGGAUGCCCAUGAACCACCCGCGCAUGAUGGGGCCCAUGCAGGGCCAGAUGCAGAUGAUGCGGGGGCCCCAAGUCAUGCAGGCUAUGCAGCAAAGCCAAUGGGGUCCCGGAAUGCAGAAUCCCAUGCAGAAACCUCAGGGCCAAGUGCCCCAGGUGCCUCCUCAACAGGGCGUUAUGGCCCCCCAGCAACCUCAGGGGGCCGCCAUGGUGCAGCAAGGUCAGCUCAUGCAGAGGGCUAUGAUGCCCCAGCAGCAGGGGCUCCAAAUGCCUCCCCAAGGGCCCUCGCAGCAGGGCAUGCCGACGCCGCAGCAGAACAUGCCGCGAGGGAUCCCCGGGAACAUCGCGCCCAACGCCUUGCAGGAGCUCCUGCGCACCCUCAAAUCUCCCAGCUCGCCUCAGCAGCAACAGCAGGUCCUCAACAUCCUGAAGUCCAACCCGCAGCUGAUGGCCGCCUUCAUCAAGCAGAGGACGGCGAAGUAUCAAGCCAAUCAGCCGCCGCAGCAACAGCAGAAUCCUCAAGCUAUGCCGGGGUCUGCAGCGGCCAUGCAGGCCAUGAUGCAGGCGCAGAGGCCCGGGAUUCCUCCUCAGCAGCAGCCUCCGCAGCAGGUGGGCAUGUCCCCCAUGGGACCCCAAGGCCAGAUGAUGAACAUGGCUCAAAACGGCAACCCUCAGCUUUACCGCAGACAACAAGUGUUCCGAAUGCAGCAGCAACAGCAGGGAGGUAUGCCUCAACCGCACGCUCACUUCACCCAGCAGCAGCUGCAGCAACAGUCGGCAAGCUACUCCCAAGUCCGGAUGCAGCAGCAGCAGCAGAUGGCUAUGCAAGGAGGCGUGGCGUCCAUGGGCCAGCUGCCUCCCUCAGCCCAAAUGGGCAUGGAUGGGGGCCAGAACCUCCUACAGCAGCGAAUGCUACAGCAGCAACAACAACAGCAGCAGAUGCUGAAACACCAAAUGGGCUCUACGCCGCCUGCCAUGAGCCCCCAGUCUCACUUGCUCCAAGGGCAGGCCCAGGCGGCGGCUCACCAAAGCAUGGGCAACUCUUUAGGCAAACAGGUGCGAUCGCCGGCCCCGGUCCAGUCGCCCAGGCCGCCCUCGCAGCAGCCCCCUCAUUCCAGUCCCUCCCCGCGGAUACAGCCCCAGCCCUCGCCCCAGCACGGCGCCCUUCUCUCCAGCUCUCCUCACCCCAUCAUCGGGGGACCCAUUUCGGGCCCCCUGGAGCAGGUCCGCAUGGGUACGCCGGAGCAGAGCGCCAUGCUCCCGCAGCUGAACACGCCUAACCGAGGGGGCUUGAGUACUGACAUGGGGAUGGUGGGGGACACCACGGGAGACACGCUGGAGAAAUUUGUGGAAGGAUUGUAGCAGGAAGGUGUCAAACUCCAGUCACGAGGCCUGAAAACUUUCACCGUUUUAUUCAAAACACAGUUUGACGACACCAUCACUGCUGCAAAACAAAAGUAUAUAUUUUUGGUUCAGACCAGCCUUGCAAACAUUUUUGCGGCGGUCUUUUGUGUUGUUGAUUUUUUUUUUCUCCAUUUGAUUAUGCUCUGGUAUUGAUUUUUUUUUUUUUUUU